GAGUGAUACCCCAUUGGAACCGACAAUGUGGAGGCUGUUAAAAUGUCUACUUGGGAAAUGAAAUGGUUACAAUUUCUCUAAGAAGAAGGAAACGGAGUAACACAAGAGUUAUGGUUUGCGUUGGAGACGUGUUUUCAGUUUCGUGACGAAGACAACAGCGAGGCGAGGCGGCGGAGGAGUGGUUCAUAUUGCCUUUCCUCCUCUUCAUCAAGCCCACAGUCCGGACCACGGGGGGAAGGAUCCUAUCCCUAACUUUGUUUUUUCUCUCUACUCCAGCCGUACGUUUCUCCCUGUUGGAUGCCACAUUAUUGAAUCCAGUCGCUUGCUGAGACUGAAAGGGCCAAGUGAACAGCAGCAGAGAAUGGCUGCAGUGGAAACAGACAAGGAGCUCAGCGACUUGCUGGAUUUUAGCGCGAUGUUUGAGCCUCCAGUUUCAAAUGGCAAGAGCCGGCAGACUACUCUCCGCAGAGAGUUUGGAAGUUCAGAUGACAGAACUGGGUCCAGCCCCUGGGGACCAGGAGAACAGAACAGUCCAUCUUUCAACCAAGGAAGGGUUUAUGGAGAAGAAGGCCUUUACAGUGAACAGGAGGGUAUGGCUUCUGCCCCCAUAUUUGGAUCAGGGAUUGUUGGGAAGGCUGAGCGAGGACCGUACUCGUCAUUUGCAGCACAGCCUGGCUUUAUGCCCAGUGAGAUACCCAUGCCCAGUCCUGAUCCCCUAUCCCCAUCUGGCCUGAAGCCCAACUCCCAGUUUUAUUCCUCUUAUGAGGGGAGCAAUACUCGAAGGAGACCCUCACAGGAACCCACUGGACCACAGCCAAAAAAGAUCAGGAAGGUGCCCCCUGGCCUGCCCUCCUCGGUUUAUGCACCAACCUCUGGAGAGGAUUUUAACAGGGACAGUGCUGGCUACCAGGCCUCCAAGACUGGAAACGUGUACCCACCACCAUUCUACAUGCAAGAAGGCCUCCACCCGCCCUCUGAUCCAUGGGGCUCUGCCGGGUCGAUGGUUCAGCCUGGUUUUUCUUCUAUGCUGGGCAACUCCCCCCAUCUGAGCCAGCAUGGUCCCUUUACCGCCAUCAACCCCCAAGACAGACUGAAACGGCAGCCACUGCCCCUCUCCCCGCAAAACUACCCCCUGCAUGGCAGUGAGGUGAAUGGGGCUCAUCCUGCUGGCUUCCACUCUGGCUCCAGCAGCUUUGCCAGCCACACACCCCCCAUCACUGGAACUGAAACCAUUAUGGCCAAUCGGGGAGCAGUACCUGGGAGCUCAGGUGAUGAGAUUGGAAAAGCCCUGGCAUCUAUCUAUCCUUCAGACCCAAACAGCACUGCCUUCCCUCCAUCCCCGUCUACUCCCUCUGGCUCUCCUCAGGCUGUAUCAGGCUCUGCAUCACAGUGGACUCGGUCCUCUGGCCAGGCCACACCUUCACCUAACUUUGAGGGUGGGAUUCAGUCCAUGCAGAGUAAAAUGGAGGACCGCCUGGACGAAGCCAUCAAUGUUCUUCAGCGUCACGCCAGUGGGCAAGGGCUGGCUGAAAUGCACAGUCUGCUGGCAUCUGGCUUAGGGCUACCUCCAGGCUUCAGCAGUGCAGCACUUGGACUGGCCAGUCGCCUGCCUGGACUGGUGUCUAGUCACCAUGAGGACUCUGUUGGUCUGCCCUCUAGUGGAGGACUUUUGCACAGUCACCACGGCCCCACAUCUGUCCAGCCAAGCUCUCAGCCUGAAGGUUUUACUGGUCUGCCUGGCAGCCUAAAUCGUUCCAGUAGUGCAGAUAUCAAACAAGAGGAGAAGGAGGAUGAUGAGAACUGCUCCAUUACUGACAAGUCAGAGGAUGAGAAAAAAGAAAUGAAGGCCCGUCUCCGAACAAGCUGCAGUGUUGUCUCGGUGUCUGAUGAGAACCUGACUGCUGAGGAGAAGGAGCAGAGGGAGCGCGAGCGCCGCCUAGCUAACAACGCUAGGGAGAGGGUGCGUGUUCGCGACAUUAACGAAGCCUUCAGAGAGCUGGGCAGGAUGUGUCAGGUCCACUUGCAGAGCGACAAGGCCCAGACCAAGCUUGUCAUCCUGCAACAGGCUGUCCAGGUCAUCCUGGGCCUGGAGAAGCAGGUGCGAGAACGCAACUUGAACCCAAAGGCUGCCUGCCUCAAGAGGAGAGAGGAGGAGAAAGUGGACCCCCAGAUGCAGCUUGGUGGGGGUCACCCUGGUUUAGGAGGAGAUGGACACAACCCUGUUAGCCAUAUGUAAUUCUCAGUUCCUGUUGAUUGUACAGCCCUUAGAACACGUGGCCUUAAUCUAUCGUUGUCAUGCAUCUCAGUGUGUGUUGAUCAACUUUUGGAGAGCACACACACACACACACACACACACACACACACACACACACACACAUACAUACAUACAUACAUGCCUCAUUACUGACAAAGCAGGUGGCCACAUUCCUGACGAAGAAGCACACUCGUACAGAAAGAGAAAAAAAGAUUUAUUACUCUUUACAUGACAAUACUUUGAACCGAGGAAACUGGUUUGGAAACAGUGGAAAUUGGACUUAAGGAUGUUCUUGUGAUCAUGUUUUUGUAAGACUUUUUACAUGUUGGGAGCAAAACUUGUUUGGAUCAAAUAAAACUUUUGGAUCAAUAGCUCAUGUGAGCGGAGUUAGGAUCGGUAUCGUUGGAUAAUUAUUGGCAUUCCCAUCUGAAAAGAAGGUCUUACAUUCUACAGAAGCCGAUACGGACACCUGAGUUUAUAUGUUAUGACUGAACAAAUACCUGUUUAAAGUGAAACAGGCCUAAUGCAUAGUGUUUGGUUAAGAAAAAAAUACUCAUCAUUGCUAUCGUCUAAUAUGAUGACUGAAUUGCAGAGGUAGGAUUGGAGACAUCCAGCCACUGACUGGGCAAUCAGAGAGCUGACUCCUCUUUUUGAUAUGCUGGUUACUCUGGCUGUAUUUUUUAAAUUUCUUGCUUUGGCUGAAAAGUUGCCACAGUCAGUGACUCACACACACGGUGGGAAAAUGUUUUUUGUUUUCUUUUUUUAACCGUGGAUCCCUGGUUCUUAUCUCUUUAAGUCCUGUACAUGUGUUAUUGUCACUGCCAUGCAAGUGGAAUGGAAAGACUGCCAGAGAGAGAGAGAGAGAGAGACCCACCACAGACACAAGCAAAGACUCUUUACAAACCCAGGAUCCGCAGUGAUGUUGAAUCGAACGUGCACAUGGACAUCCCAACCUCCCCCUCUGUGAGGCUGCCGUUGGACUCGAGCGUACAGGUGUCAUCCUCACGUCAUCAUGAAGUCCAUCACUCAGUCUCAGUCUGUGGUCAGCAUGAACUCUCUGACUAACACAGACAAUGUCAUAUCAACCUGCCCACAUUAAAUCCUACAUAAAGACACUGUUAGAACACGGGGAACUUACGGAGUAACAUUUUGCUAGAAGACCGAAAUAACUGAGUAUUGAAGGGAUCAUUAGUGUUACUGCAACCUUCACCAUUGACUGACUUUUUCUGGUUGUUGCUCUGUGUUGAGCAUUUUGGGGUUUUGUUUAUUUUUUUUCCCUAUUUGAACAAUUGCAAAGCCUGUUGUAAGGAUCUUCCUUUUGUAGAAUUGAUUAAAUGUUUUCUUUUUUUGUAGUUUAUUUUUUACUUUGUAAGAUAGUUGUAUGAGUUUUGUUUUGAUCAUUUGGAAUGCUCUUUCUUUUUUGUUUACAUUGAUUAAAUGUAAGGCGGCUCUCGAUUUAGAUUCCAGGAACAAAGUGAGGCGUUUUCUUUUUGUGCCAGGUGCUUAGAAAUGUUAGAAAUGACAAAAUAAUCUGGCUGUAACAUCACAUGUUGUGAUAUUGCUUUUUUCUUUAAAUGCCUGUUUGAACACAAACUUGUCAGGCCAGUUGUAACUGAAUUAUUCUGGUAUUUGCGACAGUUUUUAUUUGAAUGAAACAAUAUUGUUUUUUGUCAGUACACCCCAGCCCCCACCCCCCUCUCCCUGAUGUCCAGCUCUGACAUGAGCUUAUUGCUUAGUUUGAGGAAGGGAACAGAAGGGGCGGUCUGCACAAUCUGCAACAUAAUUCACUGUUUCAUUAUGAUAUGAAGCAUAACAUGAGUCAAUAAGGGUGGCCUUAGUCAUUUUCCUGACUUUGGGAGUUUUGAUAAUGGUUACUCACCAGUGCCUGAAUACUUCUCUGCUACAUGGUGGAUGAUGUUGCAUUUAAGGAUUUAUAGGUUGUACCUUUUUUAUAAUACAGAUGUAUAAAAACGUAUACUUCAGUAACAUCUGGCAGUGUCUCAGCAUCUAAAUGAAGAAUUACACACACAGACGCUGACCGCUUCAGUGUCUGUGUCUUUAGAUGUAAGUUGACUAAUAACCUGGUCUGCUACUUUGACACUGAUGAACUGUACUUAAAAUUUCUCAUCUUUUAUGUACUGAUUCUGUUGAAUAUAAUUUUGUCCUUGACUGGCAUGUGCAUUGAUACGUAUGUACAGCUGUAUGAUAUGUCCUUAUCAGCUUUACUACUGUAGGCUGAUACUGAUAUGUAACAGUAUUUGAUUUAUCUCUGCCUGUCAUUUCCUCACAAAUCUUGCCCCAUGGACUAGCCCCCAGCAUUAUUUCCUUUGUCAGUUACUCUAGCCUUUCCGCAGGAAAACGUGGUGUUGUUGUGAUAUGGAAAAUCGCUACUGAAGACUUGUGCUUUUAUUUCUUUACAUGAAAGACGUGUAUGUCUACAGUAUCCAAGUAUCAAAACAUGUACCUGAUAUUCUUUGUUGACAGACCCUUGCUGUCCUCCACAACAGGUGACCUACUACAGAUCUUUCUGUUUCUACUCAUGUUUGGGGACAACAUCUAUGUAGGCUGUGUCCUCAAAGUGCCUCCAGUUUCCUAUUUUUUAUAUAUAAAGUAGAUACUGAGAACUGUUGUGUCUAUAACAGUAAUGUAGCAAUAAAUGUGCCAUUUUUAAUAACAA